GAGUCCACACACACACCACGGAUACACACUACAGUGAUGGAGGACAGAGCUGGAGACCCAUCACCACCACUGGACCCUGAACAUGACCGACAAGUUCCACCCUCCAAUGACACGCCUCAUCCUGACGAACUUCAGACCAGAGCGGACUUAUUACAAUAUUGCUGUCCCCUCACCCUGGACCCGAACACAGCGUUCAGAGAGCUGCGUCUGUCUGAGAGCAACAGAAAGGCAGAGCUCACAGAACUUGUCCAGCCGUAUCCUGAACACCCAGACAGGUUCUCUCACCUCUUUCAGGUGCUGUGCACAGAGGGCCUGUCAGGACGCUGUUACUGGGAGGUGGAGUUUAAAGGCUCUGUUGAGGUUGCAGUGGCGUACAGAGGCCUUGGCAGAUCAGAUUAUUAUGACGCGUGCGCGUUUGGCUGCAACGACAAGUCCUGGAGUUUAGACUUAAACAGGAAUUAUGAGUGUUUCAGACACAACGAUGAGGAGACCUCCGUGCCGGAGUCUCAGUCCUCCACAGUCGGUGUGUACCUGGAUUAUAAAGCAGGUACUCUGACCUUCUACUGCGUCUGUGACACGACGCUGCAGCGGAUGCACAGAGUCGAGACCACGUUCACUGAGCCACUCUACCCCGGGCUGUGGGUCGCAGACAGCGCCCGGCUGUGUGACCUGGAGUGAAGGUCCAGCAAACAAGUGUGUGGUCUCUCUCAUGGUCCUCUGAUGAUACUGUACUGUGGUGGGGAUUGGGAUGUGGAUUUCAGCAGGUUUCAUUUUUAAUUUUUAUUAUGUAUUUUAUUUGAGAACUCUGUAUGUGCUAUAGUGAAAACUCAAUUUAAUAGAAUUAUUAGGGAUUCAGGAUUUAUCAGAUAUUAACUAAUGAAAAUGUGACUGGGCACUUUGUUUAAAAAGUACAUAUACAUGUUUAGAUGCAAAACAAAAAAUUUAAAAUGUGUUA